AUUAUAGAGGUCAAUAUCUAGACCGAAAGGAUUUUUUUCGGGAUGUGUACUUUAGGUUAAAAAAAUGUAAAUGUCACUUCAAAUUAAAGGAAGGCAUGGAUACUCUGUAGAAUUUUCUCCAUAUUUUCAACAUAGAUUUGCAUGUGCCUCAUCACAAUAUUAUGGAAUUGCAGGGAAUGGUACACUCUUUAUCAUAGACCAGACCCCAAAUGGACUGGUUCCUACUGUAGUGUUUGACUGGAAUGAUGGCUUGUUUGAUGUGACCUGGGCAGAGAAUAAUGAAAAUGUACUUGUAACUGCAUCUGGUGAUGGUGGAAUUGUUGUGUGGGAUGCUUCACAACCAAGAGGUCCUAUCAAAGCAUACAAAGAACAUACAAAAGAGGUUUAUUCAGUACAUUGGAGUCAGACAAGAAAUGAAAACUUUGUUUUAAGUGGCUCAUGGGAUAAACUUAUUAAACUGUGGGAUAUUAGUCAGACACAGUCACUUGCUACAUUUUCAGGACAUGAAUAUAUUGUGUAUUCUGUCAGAUGGUCUCCUCAUAUCCCAGGAUGCUUUGCUUCUGCUUCAGGAGAUCAAACACUGAGAAUAUGGGAUGUCAGAAAACCUGAAUUUCCUUCAAAUGUUAUUCCUGCACACAAUGCUGAAAUUCUUACUUGUGAUUGGUCAAAAUAUGAUCAGAAUAUAGUAUUUACUGGUAGUGUAGAUUGUUUGAUAAAAGGUUGGGACAUUAGAAACUCAAGAGGACCAAUCUGUGAAUUACGUGGACACCAGUAUGCGGUUAGAAGGAUUAAGACUUCCCCCUUUAGUAAAGAUUUGUUGCUGUCCUGUUCAUAUGAUUUUACUGUCAGGACAUGGGAGAUAACUCACUCUGCACCUUUAGAGACAAUUGAACACCAUACAGAAUUUGUUUACGGCAUAGACCAUAAUUUACAUAAUCCAGGACAGAUAGUGGAUUGUGGUUGGGAUGAAAUGAUCAAAGUUUAUAAUACCAAAUCAUUAUUGUCAGGUGUUAGAUAACACUGAGACAAAUGAUAGUAAUUUAACAUGCAGAAUGAAUGAGAAACAGUGUUAUUGAAAGUGUGUAUUCAGUUAGUCUGUACUUAAGUUCUAGUCCAUUGUAUAAAUGAAGUUGAAUGUCAUUGGUACAACACAAGAAACUUUAUUAUUUAUAAUGAAACAAAUUUUUAUAAAAACUGUAUGCUAAACAGAAAUUAUUCUUUUUUUUCGAAAAUGCAAUAAAAUUGUUUAUACACUA